CGGAUGUUUUGAAUGAGUCGACGCCACGGUGCACAGCAGACGACGUCAGCAACAGCAGCACUACCAGCUGAGAGGAGUACACACACACACACAGGCACCACUGAGAAGAGCAGAGCAAGCAGCACAGCAAAUCACAGACCUGCAGCUAACAUGUUGGGCCAACCAGGACAGUCAACCUUACACGUCCCUUACAAGAGGCAGCCAGUGUAUCGUGCGACUCACAGAUUGUGAUUUAGAUCAGCCUCUGUGAGUGGGAUAGAAAUUCUCAGGGAAGGGGACUGCUCUGGUAAAGAUCCUGCCGGCCAGUCACAGUGCUGGAGCUGCACACCAGAUGUGGCCUACCUUCCUCCACUGAUGCCUGACUUAAUAAGCCUCCCACACCUUGAGGGCCACAUCCUUUCGGCACCCUGUGACCGGACAGAUAUCCCCUGAAAACACAGAAUACACACUACAAGACAGGUUAGAAGCCCGUAUGUCCAAGUCAGCGGCCAAUCAGAGAUCCCCGAGCAUGGUCACAGAUUCCUCUAAGACUGUGACCCCAGCAGCAGUGGAUGCCACCUCAGGGUCAAAGGGCUCCAGAGGUACAGGAAAAGUACACAGUUUUGGCAAAAGGGAUCAUGCUAUUAAAAGAAACCUCAACAUCCCAGUGGUGGUGAGAGGCUGGCUGUAUAAACAGGACAGCUCUGGAAUGCGGCUGUGGAAAAGGAAGUGGUUUGUUUUGUCAGACUACUGCUUGUUUUACUACAAAGACAGCCGAGAGGAGACAGUGCUCGGUAGCAUCCCUCUGCCCAGUUAUGUCAUCGCACCAGUUGAGCCUGAUGACCACAUUAACCGCAAAUAUGCCUUCAAGGCGAGCCAUACAGGAAUGCGCUCCUACAUUUACAAUAAGAACUCUGUGAUUGGCUCACAGGCAGAACACUGCGGGAUGCGGACAUAUUUCUUCAGUGCGGACACACAGGAGGACAUGAAUGGCUGGAUCCGGGCCAUGAACCAGGCUGCGCUGAUGCAGCAGAGUCACACUAUAAAGAGAGAGGUGGAGAAUCCAAAGAAGGCUGUGCAGCAGGCUGUUCCACAGACUAACCACGUCCACUUCAACCAGAACUCAUCUCAGUCAGAAAGCCUUCGCAGGACAGACAGAGAGGAACCUCCGGAUAAUGGUAUCCAACUGGCUCACGGAGACGAGGUGAGGUAUGGAUUAGAGAUCCAAGGGAGGCCAAGUCAGUCAGCCACAGAGGAGAGAGCAGAGAGACUCUCUCCAGACUCUGUCGAUGGUGCCGCCCACAAGAACGGACAGCAGACUGUAAUCCAAGUGGCUCUGCCACCGGAACAGAACGGAAACCUGGUCUAUCAGAGGGGCUUUGUUACGCGGCCAGACCCUGAGAAACAUGUGCAGAGGAAGAAUACGCUGGCUCAGGUGGAGCAGUGGGUCAAAGUUCAAAAAGGAGACCCACCAAAGAGUGCUCCCUCUGCUGAGUACAACCUCCCUCGGCGGACUCCUCCAUUAAAGCCCAAAGCCAGCACAGUUGACGCCACCUAUCAGUCAUUGCCAAAGUCUCCUCGUCUCCCGUCUGGCAGCAACUCUCCUCCAGCAACAUGUAACCUGCCCAGUGACUACAAGUACGCCCACGACCGGCUUAGCCACUUCCGCAUGUCCACUGAUGAGCGCAUGGCCACCAAGGAGGGGAUGGUGUGGCAGCUGUACGAGUGGCAGCAGCGGCAGCAGUUCCGUCAUGGCAGCCCCACGGCUCCUAUCUACACCGGGCCUAACUUCACAGACUCUUCGUCUUUUAGAGUUACUGUGGAGAUGCCACGUUCCAUCUCUGUCCCUCCGUCCCCGUGUGAAGUCCCACCGUCAGUCCCCUCCUCCUUCAAACCCCUGUCCCCUCGCAGGCCACACACUCCCUCAGACAGACGCACAGUCAGGCCCCUGGAUGAUGUGGCACAGGGAGACAGCACAAGAUCCAGCUCCCCCGGCCAUAUUUGUGCCCAUCUUUCUCAGACUUCCCAAAUAGAGAGAAGGUCGAUGCCAGCCAUGGGAUACAUCACACACACUGUCAGUGCACCCAGCCUGCAUGGCAAAACGCCAGAGGAGCUGACUCUGCUUCUCAUUCAGCUUCGGAGGCACCAGGCCAAGCUGGCUGGUGUGCAUAGCCCCAGCGAUGCGUUCGCUCACCUGCAGCAGCACCAGCACAACGGCCUUCUAGGCCCCAGCAUGCAGGCUGAUGAUACUUACAUACAACUGAAGAAGGACCUGGAGUAUCUAGAUCUGAAGGUGGGCCCCAACAAAGUAACGGGACGUGAGAGUUUAAAAUCAGAAAGAUCGUCAAGGCCUGUGAAAAUAGCAGAAAGUGAUGCCGAUGUGAAAUUAAGUCGACUGUGUGAACAAGACAAGAUUCUACAGGAGCUCGAGGCCAGGAUACGCAAUUUAAAGGAGGACAAGGACAAGCUGGAGUCUGUGCUGGAUGUUUCCCACCAGCAGAUGGAGCAGUACAGAGAUCAGCCAGCACAUGCUGAGAAGAUUGCCUAUCAGCAGAAAUUACUACAAGAGGAUGUGGUGCACAUCAGAGCUGAGAUAUCUCAAGUCUCCACAGAGAUGGAGAAUGCGUGGAAUGAGUACAGCCGGCUGGAGAGAGAUGUGGACUGGCUGAAGUCAGCCCUGCAGGGACAGAUGAACCGCAGCGAUCUCACUCAGCAGCAAGAGAAAGUUCAGAUCAGAAAAGAGCUGUGGAGGAUUGAGGAUGUCAUCGCAGGCCUCAGCACCAGUAAAGCCAACUACAAAGUCACUAUCUCCUCUGUUACCAACCCAGAGAGGAAAUUUGUGCCUUCAGUGUCGGCGUCAUCAGUGCCUUCUGGGAGCCCGUCUACUAUGGAGAUGAGAUUGUCCCAGCAGCAGCAGCAGCAGCAGCAACAGCAGCAGCAGCACAGCCCCCACCUCAGCCCCAGUAGCCACACCCCCACCCUUUCCUCCAGCCCCAGCCAGCAGCCCUUACACCACUCUGUAACCAUCUCCAGUGGGCUUAGAUGGGCUGAGGAAGAUGUGCCUCCCAGACCUCCUCUACCUCAGCUCUACAGUCCUGAUGAGCAUCCCCCUGCUGUGCCCCCGUUGCCCCGGGAGACAACGGUCAUCAGACACACUUCUGUACGUGGCCUCAAACGACAGUCGGAUGAACGUAAAAGGGACAGAGAGAUUGGCCAGUACACUAAUGGAGACAGUAAGGUGGAACUGAGGCCUUUCCUGAGUGAUCCAGAGCUCAUGGGAGCCGGAGAUGGCUCCACCCACAUCAGUGUCGUAGCAUCUAGACAUGAUGGUUACCAGACGUUACCCAGCAGAGGAGUGACUGGCUCCUCACUUAGGCUAAAUCAGUCUUCAAGCAUCUCCUCGUAUGUGACCAUCCGAAGAGCAGCCUCAGCUGCUGGCGGGAAGGAGAGACCAAAAAGUGCCUUGGAGCGUCUGUACUCCGGGGACCCGGCGCAGCAGCAGCAGCAGAGGGGGAAGAUGAGCGCCGAUGAGCAGCUGGAGAGGAUGAAGAGGCACCAGAAGGCCCUCGUGCGGCAGCGCAAACGCACCCUGAGCCACGGAGACCGCCACGCCUCUUCGUCGUCGCGCUCCUCAUCCUCAUCUUCCCGCCCACUCUCAGCAGACUUGGGAUCAUGGAAGAGGGAGCAGGAGUUUGACCUGCAGUUGCUCGAGAGGGCUGUCCAGGGGGAGGAGGCGCAGGGAGUUAGGAGCGUUCAGGGGGAGGAAAGACCUCCCGAGCACAAAGAGAGACCCCGCUCCCACUCUGACGAAUGGCUGACCCUGCGUUCCACAGCCACAACCCCUCCCACCCACGAGGUCGACCUGGAACCGCUAGACUAUGACCUGGACCUUAACAAAGAGCUCUCCAAGCCUCAGAAAGUUUUGAUCCCGGAGCGCUAUGUGGAUUCAGAGCCCGAGGAGCCGCUCAGUCCGCAGGAGGUGGAGGAUCGCCAUCGUAAGGUGGAGCGCAUCAAGAGCAUCUUGGCAAAGUCCAGUGUGCAAAACCUAACACCCACAGUGACUGUGGACAAGCCAGAGGUGGGGCUGGUGGCACUGGACUCUGCUCUACAGGAGCAGGAGAGGAUCAUCACCAUGUCCUACGCUCUCGCCUCGGAGGCUUCACUCAAGAGCAAACUAGUCACAGCUCAAGCAAUUUCUGGACACUGAGGUGCUACUUCACAACGACAACAAACAUUCUGUAAGAAAAGGAUUUUAUGGACAUUUACACCUUUCCAUACAGCAGUACAAGAACUGUACUAAACAUUUAACCUGCUCUCUGAGGCCCACGCAGCACUGACUCAUUGCUCGAAGUGACAGAAGAAUGGAUGACGUCGCAGUGGGAGCUGCCGUGCUUAUUAACUAUGGAAGAGUCUAAUAAGAUGUUAAUCUCAUAAUAAUAUUUUCUACAUGUUACUGCACUUUGAAUCGUACACUGUAUCAUGUUUUCAAGGUAUGACUGAGUUGCUUUUACUUGCAGUGUGAUCUCAACUGGGAACUUGUCUGUGUCUUUUGUGUUUCACGUCAGGUACAGAAUGUUAAGAACAAGAGGUACUAAAAGCAUCAUGAUGGUAGUAUUUUUGUCGAAACUCAGAUAAUAUUCUUACACCAAACCACUUGAAAUAUCAUAUGUACGUACCUGUAGCACUGCCAGUCUCCUUUUAGCUUGCCAAAAUGAAUUUUAUUUUUGCUUACAUCAGGACGGAAAAUAACCUUUAACAUAUUUUCUGUGUGACUGGGGAAGGUUGCACAAUGGAAAUUUAUAAAAAUGUGAAUAUUAAAG